GGGAAAGAGUCUAUAAAGAAGAAAACGUGAUGUUUUCGUGUUCCUUGCGACGAAUUCGGUCAACACUGACAAAAGCACAGUUAUAUUUUAGUUUACGAAACAGUUGUACUUCACCAAGUGUCGACUCUACAACAUAUUGUGUUUGCAGUUCGUUAUGGAUUCCCCGUGCGUGUAUCCAUCAUGUAGAAAGAAGGAUCAUCACUACAAGUGGUUCAAGCAGUUUGUUUACGAGAAGACAUAACCCAACAUCUUCCUUCUGUACAAAGCAGAUAACACCAGAUUACAACACUCAGGAUGAACAGGCAAACGACAGUGUACAUACAGUGCUGUCUGAGAGUGUGUUUGAGACGGCUGCCGACAAGACGCUGGACUCACUGGCAGAAUUUUUUGAAGAUCUCCCCGAGGUUCACCCGCUGCAUGAUGACUACGAUGUGCUGUUUGCCGACGGUGUGUUGACAGUGAAGCUUGGUGGAGACUUCGGCACAUACGUGAUAAACAAACAGACCCCCAAUAAACAGAUCUGGCUUUCUUCACCUGUCAGUGGUCCAAAACGCUACGACUUUAUAAAGGAUCAGUGGAUAUACAAGCGUCAUGGUGUCAGCUUGCACAACCUUCUCUCUACGGAGCUCACACUGUCUCUAAACAUUGUCAUAGAUCUCAGAGCUUGUGCUUAUGGACACCCUCCGCCUUUAUAGCACAUUGUGUUACCAUGUAGGACUUGCUAAAAAAUCUCUGCACAUGCAUCUAUGGACAUUGUGCAUGUUAUGGAAUACUGUGCUGUUACCGGACAUAUUAUAGAUUUCAGAGCUUGUGCUUAUGGACACCCUCCGCAUUUAUAGCACAUUUUGUUAUCAUGUAGUACUUGCUACAAAUCUCAGAGCAUGCAUCUAUGGACAUUGUGCAUGUUAUGGAAUACUGUGCUGUUACGGACAUAUGAUAGAUUUCGGAGCUUGCAUCUGUGGAUGUGUGUUGGUAUAUUGCGAUAUUAACCUGAAAUCAUGUGCAUAGCUUUAUCAUGUACUGUUACAGAUCAAGUUUGACUUUCAUGGCAAUUUACCCAUUUUUGACAGAGUUAUGGCCCUUGAACUUAGGCAAUCUGAAAACAAAAUUUCCGGACUUCUUUUGUAGAAGGCCUUGAGAUACUGAACUGAAAUCUUGUAUAUAGACGGGUUUUUCGAUUGUCGCCAAGCAGUUUAUGACGUUGUCGAUAGAUGGCGUAACCGUACGGCCGCCAUUAAGGGAGUGAAAUUCACGCAACAAUAACAUGUGACGGCGUUGCAGCUGGGUGCAAUUUCAGGUUUUAUUAUUUUUUUGGAACGUUUUGCAAAAGCAAAACCAGUCUCUUGGUUAAUUCAACCUCAUUUAAAGAUUGUAUAUUCAUAUGAAUAUCGGUGGAAAUCUGUGAAUGAUUAAAAACAUAUAUAAUAAAGCACCUAUACACGCCAAUACAAAAGCAUAACGAAUAAAUUAAACACACGCAAGUGUGAAUAAUUUUGAUGGUUAUUAAGUGAAACUUUACUGAAUGCAUCCUAAAAUAUAGAAAAGUAUUUCAAUUAUGUACGUUUGUAGAAAACGUGGUGUACCAUUUUGAAAAAAGAUAGACUGACCUUAGAUCUAGAGUAGAUGUCAACGUUUAGAUGUUACUAUUAUUAGCUUUGGGAUAUUCCAGAUGUUAACACUGCCAAAUAUUUAUCUCUUAUUUAUUUUUAUUUUAUUUUAUAUAUACAUACGAGUUAUUAUGGUGUUAAAUGUGUGCGAUAACAUGAUAAAUAAUUUACUGACGUAACACGCAUGCAUGCCACACUGAAAAUCGCACCCCACCCAUUUCGUCGAAUUUUGUUAAUAAUUAUUUUUUAUUUUAUUUUUUUAUUUUAUUAUUUUUAUUAUUAAUUAAUUAAUAAAUAAUAAUAAAUAAAAUAAAAAAUUAA